UGCAGCUGAAAAGAACAGACCCAUUGUCGCGUUAUCUGAAAAGAAAAGAUUCUCUUAUCAUUUUGGUACUUCGUUUACACGUUCAGAUUCCAGUUACUCCAACUUUUCUGUUUUACUCCGUUUUAGUCAAAGCCAGUUUUUUGUAGCUUGUUCAUUCAGUAAAUCUACUGAAAAGCUACUGCUCGCUUGUACAUACAUACUGUAACUUGUCACGCAACAACAAAUAGUUACGAGCAUUGGAUAACGAUGACACUGGAGGCGAUAAAAUGGAACAGAGAGGAGAAUAAGCUGGUAAUUCUGGAUCAGACGCUAUUACCAGAUAUGACCCUCUAUCUUCAUAUAAAGGAUGUCCAGGAUGGUUGGAAAGCUAUCAACAUGAUGAAAGUACGAGGUGCACCAGCCAUAGCUAUUGUAGGCUGUCUCAGUUUAACAUCGGAGAUUAUUAAUCAUAAGGAAUUCAAAAAUAAGCAAGCCUUUUUUGAUUUUAUGAAGGCUAAAUUAAAUUAUCUUGUAACAGCACGUCCUACUGCUGUGAAUAUGAAAAAAGCAGCAGAUGAAUUUAUAAAGUUGGCAAAUGAACUUUACAAUGAUUCUAAUUAUUCAUUAUCUUCUAUGAAAGACAGAAUUGUAAAUGAUUUUGAAGGGAUGUUGGAAAUUGAUGUGAAAGUCAAUAUGGCAAUUGGAAAUAAUGGUGCACAGGAGAUUUUAUCGAAAAAUGCAUCUAAAGAUAGUAUCAUAAUCCUCACACACUGUAAUACUGGAAGUCUCGCUACUGCAGGAUAUGGAACAGCUUUAGGCGUUAUCAGAUCUCUUCACAAAAUGGAAAAGCUCAUUCAUGUCUAUUGUACCGAGACUAGGCCUUAUAACCAAGGUGCCCGUUUGACUGCUUAUGAAUUAGUGCAUGAUAAAAUACCGGCAACUUUAAUUUGCGAUGACAUGGUUGCCGCGGUAUUGAAAACGAAAAAGAUCACAGCAGUUGUGGUAGGUGCAGAUAGAGUCACUCUAAAUGGCGACACUGCAAACAAAAUUGGGACUUAUCAGAUUGCGAUUCUCGCCAAAUAUCAUAAUGUUCCUUUCUAUGUGGCCGCACCACGGACAUCUAUAGAUACUAAUAUGUAUAAAGGUGAUGACAUAAUCAUCGAGAAGCGAUCCGCUGAAGAAAUAACUCACAUAAACGGGAACAGAAUUGCAGCAGAGGGAAUAGAAUGUUGGAAUCCAGCGUUCGAUGUGACACCAGCAAGUUUAAUUACCGGGAUAAUUACAGAAAUUGGUACUUUUUCACCGGAAGAAUUGAAAAAACACAUUUGAAAAAGAUGAAUGCACGAAUAAAAAUUUUAUUAUAUAAUAAAAAAUAUAUGUGCUUACGGAUGCAUUUAUAUGUGGGUGCAUAUACCAAUUAUAAAUAUCAAGAUUCAAGAUAUUUAAUUUUAUUGCGUAAGUACUGUGCCAUCAUGAAGA